UCCAGGACCGGUGAAGACACACUCAGUCUGCUCCACAGCUCUUCAAGGUGCAUUGGAUUUCUUCUGAUUAAACAGUGACAACUGUGUUUUAUGAUCCAUCUGCAUGACACAAGUUUUCAUCGAGAUUGGAGUUGCAUUGUGUUGCAUCUUUUUGAGCUCUGAAACUACAAUGGACUACGUGGAAUAAAUAGAUGAAGAUCAGCUGAUUGGGUUUGUUAUUCAAAUGAGCCUCCAAGAUGCAUGCAGUCUCUGUUUUGAACAUAACAACAAGGACUUUAGAAACAGCCAGUGAUCAAAACCUCAAGAUUUUAUCUGCAAUAGAUCAAGGUGAUGUGUUUGCACUGAGAAUACUGCAGAAGUACAGGGAUGCCUUUAAGGAAAGAGACAGCAGGGGUUGGCUACCGAUGCACAGAGCGUCUAUCCAGCCUGAUGUCUGUGUAUUGGAUUACGUCCUCGUGGCAUCCCAUGAGCUGAGCAUGGAGGAGAUGACGGUUGAUGGAGACACCGCUCUGACACUGGCUUGUCAAGCUGGACAUGUGGAGGGCGUAAAAGUUCUUCUCCAUCACGGAGCAUCUCCACACAACACGAACAGCAGGAAUGAGACGCCACUACUCCUGGCUGUAAGGGCAAACUCUUAUGAAAUGGUAUAUGCACUGAUAAUGGGAGGCGCCUUCGUGAGGCAGCUGUGUUUGAAGAAGUGGACGGCCACCCAUGAGGCUGCUAAGGUGGGUUGCGCGGACAUCCUGAUGCUGUUGCUGAGACACGGGGGGAAGGUGAUGGGACGGGACGGCCAUGGGGUCACACCGAUGGGCAUCGCUGCAGAGUACGGCCAUCCGGAAAUACUGGAAAUCCUUAUCCAACAUGGGGGCGACGCCACAGCACAAGCUACCAAUGGAGACAGUGUGUUAUAUGACGCCGCAGGCUGUGGGAACCUGGACUGUAUUGAUCUACUCCUACAACAUGGCGCCAAUCCUAAUGUAGCCAGUCUUUGCUCACAACUGCCGAUUCACCGCGCAGCCUACGAGGGACACUACCUGGCUCUGAAGAAGUUAAUUUACAUCACCAAUAAGAAGGCCAUCCGUCUGUGUGGGAUGAGUCCGGUUCAUUCUGCGGCAGACGGAGGCCAUGCUGAAUGUCUUGAGCUGCUCAUCCAGAAAGGUUUUGACGUCAACCCAAUCCUGGGCAGCCAUAUUUCCGAAAACUACGGUGACAUGAGGAAGACCCCGCUGUACUUCGCCAUCUGCAAUGGAGACGUCACCUGCGCCGAGAUGCUUCUGAAAGCAGGUGCGAUGCCGGACCUGGACCCCCUGCGCUGCCUCCUGGUGGCCGUCAGAGCUGAGAAGUACGAGCUGGUGUCACUUCUUCUCGCCUAUGGGGCGGACGUCAACUGUGUCUUCUCUGUCAUCAGUGACACCGCGUUUCCCACGGCAUUGCAAUACUGCCUCAAAGAUGAAAUGAUGCUGCGUCUGCUCCUUAACAACGGUUACCAUGCAGAAAGCUGCUUUGAGUGUUACCAUGACAACUGGGUAACAACAUACACAUGGGCAGAGGCUGCUAGCAUCUCGUACCAAAUCAGGAGUGAUUCGAAUAAAGUAACCUUUUGUGAGUUUAUUAGUGUUUCAUGGAUGGCGCAUUUGGCGGGGAGGGUGGUGCAGACACUCCUAGAUUACGUGAAUCACGUGGACAUCUGCUCUAAACUGCAAUGUCUUCUGGAGAGACAAGAGGAGUGGCCUGAUAUCUGUGAAACCCUCAGGAACCCUCGCUCUCUGAAACACCAGGCCAGGUUGGUUAUCAGGAGAUGUAUGACACUGAGACGACUGAAUAACCCAGAAUACAUGAGCACCGUUCCUUUCCCUCCGGGCCUGAAGAACUUCCUACUCUACAAAGAAUAUGAUAUUUACGGCCGAAUGGAUGAACAGUAGAUAUAUGUAUCUCUACACUAAAACCUAACAGUGAAAAUCACUACAUGAGUAGUGAUCCAACUCCAAAUUAUUUCAACACAACAAAUAUUUCUGAUGUGAACUCAAAAACUAAUUAUAUUAAGAAGUCAAUCUGAAUAAGUUACUAAAAAUAUUUUAACUCUAAUGAUUAAAGAAAAUCAUCUACUAAAGUUCUACGGCUGAUUUGAGCUUACCUGAUGUUGAAUAAUUUAUUUUAAAUAUUGAUUCCCGAAUAAUCACACUUGUAUAGCCUAGAGCUCUAGGUUAUUAUAUGUGACCCAGGAGCACAAAAUCAGUCUUAAGUCACUGGGGGAUAUCUUAUGGGUAAAAGUUAUUGAUUAUUCUUUUAUGCCAAAAACAUUUUAUGCCCAACAUUUUUUUCUCCUACUGUAAAUAUAUUAAAACUUAAUUUUUGAUUAGUAAUAUGCAUUGCUAAAAACUUCCAGAUAUUCAAAUAGUUGUAUCUCGGCCAAAUAUUCCACUAUCAUAACAAAGCAUACUGUACAUCAAUGAAAAGCUUCUAUAUAAAUCAAUCAAAUCUUUCAGAUGAUGUAUAAAAAUCUUUACCCUUAUGACUGGUUUUGUGGUAUAUAAAUCAAUCAAAUCUUUCAGAUGAUGUAUAAAAAUCUUUACCCUUAUGACUGGUUUUACAUCUUUACAUCUUUCAUAAUCUGUCUUAUAAAGACUUUUAAAGCUAUUUACUUUUAAUCAAGACAGAAUAUUAUCCAAGCGUGUUUCCUAAAAAUAAAAAAAUAAACAAACAAAAAAUGCACAUGCAUUUUUCAUUCGGUCAAGUGAAGUCCCCUCAUCCCACACUGACACGGAGUCACAGCAGGACAGCUCUCGGUCAAGGAAAAUAACAGGCAAGUUUUCCCAAAUUGGAGUGUGAAUGUUUUAUGUUUUGUUGUGUUUUUUUUUUUACCUGAAAAUCAAUCAGUUCAGUUAACCUAAUGUGUGUAAGUGUUAAAGAGGACAUAUGAUGUGAUUUCAAGUUUUCCUUUCUCUUUGGAGAGUUCCAAACUGUUCAUAAGAUCCCUUUAUAGAUCCCUUGUUUCUAUAAAGUGGUGCAAUUCCAGUUUUUCAAGGAUAGUCUGGCACUACUGACUCACAGCCUAAAGUUAUGUUUUAAUGUUUAAAGGAUUUGCCACAGUUGAUUCAAACAAGAUUUCUGAACCGUGUAGAGUAACGUUAGCGCUUGUUGUUUGUUGUUUCUCAGAUCACAAAUGCAGACAUGGUUUUAUGUUUACAUGGCAACACAAUGCAUAAAAACACAGUAUAAAUCAUUAUAACGAGGAAUUAUGUCACCACUGGAUGCAACUAAAGUUUCGUUUGUAAUGGGUUUUAUUGCUUUUUUCUCGUUGCGCUGGGAGACUGCAUCACAGUAUGUUUAGAAGAGAAACAAUAAUGCACAUUAUGUGGAAAAUAAUGUUUUUUUUUUUUUUUUACCUUAAACUGGAUAAACACAUUUCAUUACACCAGAUACACAAAAUAAUCUUCUUUUUAGCAACGUCAUACGACCCCCUUUAAUGUUAGCUAGCAAAGAAGUGAUGUGCCAACACACCAUUACAUCAAAGUUAUCAACACAGUGCUUUAGACUACGGUACCAUUUUACCAGUGGAAAAUUAAGGAUUCAUUUUUGCUCUUUCUCACAGUCGGACACUGGCAAACGAGUUUCGUAAAUGUUAUUUUCAAACCAGAAAGAGGGCUGACUUCCACAUUUCUCACCAUCACUCGUGCCACAGAAACUGAAGCUACUGUUUCAUCUAGAAUAUCCAUGUGAUGCUAAUGAAGCUUACUAAAUCCGCCGAAGCCCCGGUGAACAAAGCGGCUCAAGGAGGGUUUAUGAUGGCUGUUAAAUAGCAAAGGCAGCGAGGGUCCUUGUGAUGUUAAUGGCAACAAUAUAGCAGCUAUUGGCAAUACUACUGUACGUGCUCACAAUGACCACAAAUGGACAAUAAUGGCAUUGAUACUUCACACUAUGACCCUGGCAGAUCUAGAACUAUCUACAAUGCCUCUUGUAGAUCACAGGAAACACUUUAAAUGGAAACUCAAAUGUUAAG